AUGGACUUUGAGUUCGAAGAAGAGCUGAAAAGUACUGAUGAGCUCCUUGAAAACUUACAAGCUCAAGAGGAAAGACUGGGCACCAAAAGCAAUGUGCAGCCUCGACCCACAUCCCCUACUGUUCACUGGAGAAAGAGGAACAACCAAGGGGAAAUAAUUUACAAAUAUUCAAGAGCCAGAAGGGCAGCUGUAGGACCAGGUCCGCUUGUUAUGGAAGAUGACUUGAAUGUUGGCCCUGCAAAAGCCCCCAAGACAGCUGCAGGUCCGCUUGUUAUGGAAGAUGACUUGAAUGUUGGCCCUGCAAAAGCCUCCAAGACAGCUGAUACCAUUCUUGAAGAGCUUAAGAGGCUGUUGGACACUGAGGAAGGUGAUGCUAAUUUUAUGCCAAUUCAAGAUGAUCAACCUCGGUCUGCAUCCAAUGACUGGGCCAUUAGAACUGAAAUGAGGGAAGAGAGAUGGAAAGAAACUAGAUCUUCACUUGUGGAGAACAUUUUGAAAGGAGAGGAUGCAAGUUCCUCAUCCUGCCAACAGUGCAGAUCAAGUGCAGCUGUUGUGCGCUGUAGGGACUGUCUCCCUUACCCUUUCCUCUGUGCAGGCUGUGAUGAGAAAAGACAUGGUAGCUUCUUUGUUCUCCAUAAUCGGGAUUCGCUUGUCUCAGGUUUUGUACAACCUUUACCUCCAUCCACAGGAUUCUGCCAGGAAGCUGGUCAAAUUUCUGUUAAACAUCUUGUUCGACUGCUGCCUGUAGAAAUACCUGCCCAUAUUUGUGAUUGCAGUAAUGGGACAGUCCUUGUUUCUUCAGGCAGGCCCAUGAUCCUCAUCACUAUGAAUGGCCGUUACAACCUUAACAUGCCUCAUUUGUCCUGUGCUUUGUGUGGGCAUUCACGAGAGACGUCUUUGUCAAAACUUCAGAGGAGUGGUUACUGGCCUGGCAACAUUCCUGCAAGUUUGCUGUUCACAACAGAUGUGCUUGUCUCGUUUCAAGAGAUGAAAAUGGCAUCACCAGGGAUGUCUUUUCAAGCAUUUGUUAAAAUGCUUGAUGGGAAAACAAAUCUUUUUGGUAGAAGUGGGAAAAUACCUGCCAAUGUGUUUAGCUACAGUUUUAAUGAAUGGGUUGCAGCAAGAUAUGCAGUGGAAAAGAUGUGCCAGGAGGAGUUUUUCACUUGUCCAGCAUGCACUCCAGACAUGCUAGCUGUAUGUGUUGAUGGAAAUCGCAAACACUAUCGGUUUAAAAACACAGCAAGCACAGAGAAAAGGGGACUACUUGACCAUGUUUUUAUACAGAGUGAUGUGGAGGUGUCUGACUUUGUGGACUUUGUCCGCAAAAACAAUGAUCAUGUCUCGGGAAGAGGAUUGUGUGGCGCAUCACAAUGGACAGCAGCAAAAGAACUGGCCAAAAAAUCAAGCAGCAAACUGGAUGAGGAGGGAUUAGAGAUUGCUGUCUGUCGCCAUGGCAUUUUCCUUAUGGCCUUAAACAUGUUCCGAGGGGAAAUUUUUGCUUACCCCCUUUUUCUACAAAAAAAACUUGCUGACAUGUCACAAGGGAAGAUCAAAUUUUUCUGUUCAGAUGUUGCCUGCAAAUACUUCCCUUAUGUCCAACGUGUGUCUAAACAGUGCCCCGAGCUGCAGUCUUUACUGGACAUGCAUCCUUUUCUGUCUGUGAUGCAUGCCAAAGCACACUCUUGGAAAUGUGAGGUCAAGUACAGUGGGGCCUACCAGGAAGGAGCUGGGUCAACAAUUGGUGAGGAAGUUGAGCAGGUGAACAGCUUCCUAUCCAGAAUUGCUGUCACAAGCAAGUACAUGUCGAAAUCAGGCAGAACAGACAUGAUAACAAUGCAAGCCAUGUCCUGGAAUAAGCGUAAGGUGUGGAAUUUGGGACAAGUUCUAGUAAACAGAUAUAUAAAGACUCAGAAGGCUCUUCAAGUGCAGCAACACAACUUGGAGGCAUUGAAGACAGAGCUAUCACUUCAUGAUGAUAUUGUUCAUCAGUGGGUUUCAGAUGUACAGCAAUGGGCAGAAGAAAAUGAUCGACAUGGGAGUGGUGAUGCGAAAAGUUUGCAAGAAGAAAUAGAGGGACUAACGGUCAGCAUCAAAAGGCGUACACAGCGUCUGUACAGUCAAACAGAUAGCAACAAGCGGCGCCAUACUUUGCGUCUCCGAAGGAGUGAGGAGAAAAAGAAGCUAGCUGCUGCAGUGGAACAAUACAACAGCAUAGUGGAUCCAUCCCAGCAGCUUGGCUCAGUUGAAAGUUUCUUUACAGCUGAGACUGUUGCUUGGCCUUGGCAAAUCCCUUGCAGUACUGAAUCGGCUCCAUUUGUCACCAAGAGGAAGGUGUUCGACAAGGUGAUGGCUGUGAGACGCCUUCAGGAAGAGGGAGGUCUUAUUUGUAAGGAGAUGAAACAGCAUUACACGGUCUUGACACACAAGCUGUCCAAAUUUGAAGCACUGAUUAAUGAGAUAAGUUCAAAAUCUCUUUUUUCAACGCUGUGUGACACUGCACGCAAAGGUCUCCUGUGCUUUGUUCGAAAGAAACAUUAUGAACUUAGACAUUUAAUGCAGUUGGUGAAGGCGAGCUAUGUGAACAUUUUCAGCCAACAAGAUUUGAUUUCUGAAGAAGAGAAGCUUGAACAGGAAGAUGAAAUGGAAGAGGAAGGGUUCUCAGAAAGUGACAACAGCUCAGAUGAUGAACAUGAUUUUCCUUAA